GGCUCCUCAUCCAUAACACAUAAAGUGAGGUCCCGUUUUGCAUUUCAGAUCAGCUAACACGAGCCUCCCCUAGCAGUAGGAUGACCACAACAGCGACAGAUCUGUACAUAGCCACCAGUGCUCAGGCUGUGUUUACAGAAUCACCAGUGGAAAGCCACGGAAUGCAUUCGCAAGAGAUGUACCACCGAGAUCAUUUAAGCGACAUGAAGUACAUGUCAGCUCACAACCAAAAUGGGCACUUUAUGGGGCAUCCACAGUGGAUCACAGGUAUUCCAACACAUAGUGACUCGGGACACUGGCCCCCUGCCAGUACGACACCCCCAGGACUGUAUGGGGGACAAGACAUGAAACAAAACAUGGCAGAUUUGCGCCAGUCUCAUCAGACCCACAUUCCAGCGGCCCACGGCUGGGCGACUCACGGGGGGAUGGUUCAGACCCACCUGGGAUGGGCAACAACACGUCCCCCUCUGACCCAUCAGCCACCCCACCAGGGAGGGUACGGGCUCAACAUGAAUGGCAUGUUAAGUCCACAACAAAUUCAUCCAGCUUUACGCGAUCCCACAGUCGACGACUUGGAACGCCAACAUGCCGAAAUUUCGGAUGAGGACACCCCAACCUCAGAUGACUUGGAACAAUUUGCCAAACAAUUCAAACAGAGGCGGAUCAAAUUAGGUUUUACGCAGGCAGACGUUGGGCUGGCCCUGGGAACAUUAUACGGUAACGUUUUUAGUCAAACGACAAUUUGUCGAUUUGAAGCUUUGCAGUUGAGUUUUAAGAACAUGUGUAAACUAAAGCCUUUACUUCAAAAAUGGCUCGAAGAAGCAGAUUCUACAUCAGGGUCACCUACUAGUAUUGAUAAAAUUGCAGCGCAGGGGCGUAAGCGUAAAAAGCGCACUAGUAUUGAAGUGACUGUAAAAGGGGCUCUUGAAAACCAUUUUCUUAAGCAACCCAAACCAUCAGCGCAAGAAAUAACACAACUCGCAGAUUCGUUACAACUAGAGAAAGAAGUGGUGCGCGUAUGGUUUUGUAACAGACGACAGAAGGAGAAAAGAAUGACGCCCCCAGGGACGAUAGGACCUAACGGGGAAUUCAUUCCCGCGCCACCGGGCUAUGACCCUUCAGAGCACCACAGUCCCAUGCAUGGGAGUCCGUUACAACAGCAUCCUAACGGCAGCCCAAUACACCACGGAGGAAACGGCUCUCCGCUUAUGCCUCAUCACCAUCACCAUCAAGCCCACCUCCCCCCCCACACUGUGCCACAGACUAUGCCACAGACUAUGCCACAAUCUCUCGUUGUAAAUCAACAUCAUCCGACGACGGCGUAAAAAGACGUUUGUGAGCAUUUCAUGGACAUAUUAUCUCUACAGGUGCUACUCAGUGACAAAUUUUUCUUCCAAAUAUUGAGAACAAUCGCCAUUUAUAACAAAAACUUGUUAUUUUGGGAACGAUGGGGUUUAUCGUAAAUUAUCGUUCCUGAAUAAGUUACUUUUUUUCCCACCUAGACUGGUCUCAAUCCACGUCUAACAGAAACGAUUCUUCCAUUUCUGGACAGAUGACACUGUUCCAAAUUGAUGAAAGCAGACGAUCAAGUUACCUUGGCAGACGACAAGCUGUGACAUCUGCACUGUUGCAGACGACACAGAUGAGUAUACUCAUGUUCUAUAACCUACCUACCUAUUUCACCAAUGAAAACCGAGAUUUAAGGAAAUAUACUUGUACAAAUGGCAGAAGAUUUUUAUAGAGUUUAUAUAUUAUUAUUUUCAUUAUUUCUGUAUUUGUUUUAAGUUAAAGUGCAAAGACAAAGAAAGUUGUUAUUUUAUACAUGCUGGUGCUUUUGUCCUUGCAGGCUUGUCACUCUGUAUUUAUGUAUUUAUAGACGCAGAGUACCAGACUUAAGUUCAUAUAUUUUAAUCAAUGUAAAUAUUAAAGUUGUGUAAUUUAAAAUUUAUUCUGUUUAUUGCGUGUACAUAGUAAGACAUGAAAUGUUAGUGUUUAGUUUUUAGUUAGGGUAUUAAUUUAUGAAAGUAUGGAGUAAGUAAACAAAACAACGUGCCACUCGGCAAUGCCAAAGCAUUUAUUUAGUUUUUAGAAAUAAGAAAUUCCAGUGGGUGUAUAAAUCCCAUUCUAUCUUUUGCUUUAGUAAAUGAAUAUCCCCAAAGGCGACCUAUUUUCUUGAAUAUCUCUACAAUGUUUUUUUUAUACGUUUGCAUGUCACAGUCGUGAUUGUCUUCUUUUUAUUUAUACCUGAUGUGAAUUGUUUAGAGGUCGUUAGGUUAAGAGACCAGACUCCUUGAAUUAUCUCUGCCUGUUAUUACAAUAUUAAUCACAAAGAGAGAAAGCGAGAGAGUUAAUGAUGAUGGCCAGAAGUUUGAUGCCACAACCAUAUUUCCAUCUCCUUUAAACUCCCUCAUUUACCAGUGCGAAGGCUCAGUCACUACUUCCUUGUACUGAUAUGUGGAAUUAUUAUCAUUAGUCGGGUUGAAUCAGUGUCUUCAGAACCGUAGCUAGGGUUCGUGCUCAAUAUACAUUCCCAAACAAACAUCUGUGUACCUCUGUACUUACUAUAUAUCAUCUCUGUACUUCAGCAUAUGUAGAUUUGCCAAUACUUUCGAUUUGGCUGCUUAUGAGGCAAUAUGUGAUCAAUUAGAUAUAAAUUAAGGAAAUCUGCAUCUCUGUCAUAUGAACUAGUUGAAAUAUUUAUGAAGAAAAACAAAGAAUAAAUGAUAACAAUUUUCUACUAGACA